GAUUAACCAAAAUUUAUUACUCCGUAAUAACCUAGUUGUGGUUGCAAAAAUAACUAAAAAUUGAACUUGCAUCGUCAUAGUCAUUAUUCCCAUGAGAUCUUAUUGUUUUGCGAGAUUCAGGAGCCAAUGCUGCUCCGCCAUAGUCUACUAUUGUUGCAGCUGCUAUUACUGUUGAAACAUAUUGGAGCUUGACGGUUGAAUAUAAUCGGGUGAGUUUUCUGCCUUGGUGUUAUUGAUUUGAUAUAUAUGGAUUUACCUCAAUCGCAGUCAAGUAAACUGUCGUUAGGGUUUUCAUCCCACUCGUCGACUCCUGCUCCGCCCAACCGUUCCCAAUCGGCUGAUGGUUCAAUCUCUUUCCAGAUUGAUUCAAGCUUUGGCGACCAUUCCAAUCCGCUCCCGUCUGUGCCGCUUCAAUUGAUGGAGCAACAGACGAAGGAAGUUAAGGAGAAGGACGCCGGAGGAAGUAUGGAUGACGGUGAGAUUCGGAUUUUGGGACAUUCUAUGAGUUUGAAACGGAAGAGAGAUACUGAUUCAACCUCAACAAAUUCUUUUUCAUCUAGCGGUGGUCAUAGGGUCCCGAUCUCUAGCAAACAACAACAAAGUCAUGAAACCCGCAGAAAUUCCGUCAUUGCUUGGGGAAAUCAAAGCCUUCGAUCAGCAGACCCUGAUUUAUUUCAGAUAAUGGAGAAUGAAAAGGAGAGGCAAUACAAAGGAAUCGAACUAAUUGCUUCAGAGAAUUUCGUUUGUAAGGCAGUAAUGGAAGCAUUAGGAAGCCAUUUGACGAAUAAAUACUCAGAAGGAAUGCCCGGAGCAAGGUAUUAUGGCGGGAAUCAAUUCAUUGAUGAGAUUGAGAUACUUUGUUGUGAGCGUGCUUUGGUUGCUUUUGGACUUAAUUCUGAGAAUUGGGGUGUGAAUGUUCAACCGUAUUCAUGUACAUCUGCAAAUUUUGCUGUAUAUACAGGUUUGUUAUUGCCUGGUGAUCGUAUAAUGGGUUUGGAUACACCUUCUGGCGGGAACACAAGUCAUGGGUACUAUCUCCCGAAUGGGAGGAAAGUGUCAGGGGCUUCGAUUUUCUUUGAGAGUUUUCCUUAUAAGGUCAAUCCUCAAACUGGAUAUGUGGAUUAUAAUAAGCUUGAGGAGAGGGCUCUUGAUUUCCGCCCUAAGAUACUUAUAUGUGGGGGAAGUUCUUAUCCCCGAGAGUGGGAUUAUGCAAGGUUUAGACAGGUUGCUGAUAAGUGUGGAGCAGUUUUGCUGUGUGAUAUGGCUCAAAUCAGUGGUCUGGUUGCUGCUAAGGUUUGUGAUAGCCCUUUUGAUUAUUGUGAUAUAGUUACUGCCACUACCCACAAGAGUCUUCGAGGUCCAAGAGGUGGCAUUAUCUUCUAUAGGAAGGGUACAAAACCAAGGAAGAAAGGCAUGGUUCUGAAUCAAAAUGAUGUUUGUGAGAAGUAUGAUUUUGAGGAGAAGAUAAACUUUGCGGUUUUCUCUGCAUUGCAAGGUGGGCCACACAACAACCACAUUGCUGCCCUUGCCGUAGCAUUGAAACAAGCUGCAACUCCCGAAUACAACAUUUACAUGCAACAAGUGAAGAAGAACGCUCAAGCCUUAGUAAAUGCAUUGUUGAAAAGGAAUUGUAAAUUGGUGACUGGCGGGACAGAUAAUCACUUGAUAAUUUGGGAUCUAAGGAAUCUUGGUUUAAUAGUCAAGAAUUUUGAGAAGAUUUGUGAAUUGUGUCAUAUUACUCUCAACAAAGUCAUGCUCUUUGAUGACAAUGGAACUAUUACACCUGGUGGCGUGAGGAUAGGAACAUCAGCAAUGACAACAAGAGGUUGUUUGGAGUCUGAUUUCCGAGCAAUAGCUGACAUCCUGUUAAAAGCUGCGCAUAUAGCAAUCAGGGUACAGAGAGAAAACGGGAAGCUGUCCAAGGCAUUCUUAAAGGGGACAGAGAGCAACAAAGACGUUUUAGAACUUGGGGCACAAGUAGAAUAUUUUGCAUCCCAGUUUGCAAUGCCAGGGUUUGAAAUUUGAUUCAUUGCUUUAAGGGGACAUGCUUCCACGGGCGUCGCUGGUUGGGGGGUAUAUACUGUAAGUAAAUGCAAUUGACUAGGAAGGAAGGUGGGUUCCUUCAUUCUCUGUCCGGACUCCGGACAGAGACAUUUUACCCUUUAGCCAAGCUAAAACUGGCAGUGUUACUCACUUAGGAACUGUCCUUUGGUACUGAAAUUUGAAGGUCCGGCCGUGUUUGGUAAAUGCAGUUGGUUGAAUCGGCUUAAAGUGUGUGGAUAUUGGAAUGGUUCUUCUGCUUUUUUAAAAAUUUACUUGCAGGAGCAAUUUGAAACACUUGGUACUUGUGGGCUUUCUACUGAACUCCAAAAUGUGAUCCUGCCCCUCGGAGGAGAAAAAAACAAGCAGAUCCAAACACUUGUACGUGUAUAACAACUUAUAUGGAUUUUAAAUUUGGGAGUAUUAGAAUGACAGUAGCUAGCAUGUUCUCCACCGCUUCUGGAAGGCAGGCGUGGGGUCAUUCAGAUUGUGAUUGUUAGCCACCUCUGCAUUUGCAAAGGAGCACGCGUCUCCGUGCUCUAAUAAUAGAAUAGACACUCAUAUUUACAUAUUUCUUUCUCUCUUUCUUUCUUAUGUAUUAUGUAGAAUAUCGAUCAUCUGCGUUCUCCAAAACAAAUACGGAGUACUACAAAUAAAUAUAUAAAUAAAUAGUAGUGUAUGAUCGAAAAUGAUGAUAAGCAGAAGGAAGAUGAAACAGAUGGGAGCGUCUAUUCUGUGCUUCGCUCUGCUUAUGAUGCUCACUCCAACAAUUCCUCAGCCUCAAAAGUAUCAUGACUAUGCCGCAAACUCCUAUCUGGUAAGCUAUUCUCACAUCCCAUCUCUUUCUUCACAACUUCUUCAAUUCCCACUCCCUUCCAUUUAUGAUUUAUGAUGUUAAACAAUUAUGUUGUAGCCAAACUGUAUGUAAUAUUCUAGAUCCAUCAAUGAUUUAUUACUGUAUAUCUUAACAUUAUUAAAACAUACGGAGUAAAAC